AUGGCAUUGCUCCAUUACUUUCUCCUCUCCUUCUUAACCAUUUCUUCUGAACUUGGACUAGCUCUCCACAGCCAAGACCUGCUCUCCCUUCUCUCCUUUAAGGCUUCUGUUGAUCCCCUAAAUAGUUUGUUGGACACUUGGGAGGGUUCCAAUCCAUGCUCUGGCUUAUGGGUUGGGGUUAAAUGCUACCAAGGAAGGGUUGUAAGCAUCUUUCUCGAUGAUGCUUCGCUGGUUGGAAGUGCAACUCCACUGUUUGGUCUCAGCCAGAUCAGAGUCCUCAGCCUUAGAAGGAAUGCUCUCAGUGGCUCUCUACCCCAUCUGACCAACCUCACAAACCCAAGACUGAGGCACCUCUUCCUCUCCCACAAUCAAUUGGAUGGAACUCUCAACAUUUCACUGCCUUCUUUGCUUUCUCUUCGGAUCGAGCACAACGAUUUCUCUGGUAGGCUGGAAGGAUUGCACCUGCCAUCUGUGGCGGACUUCAAUGUAUCGGUGAACCGCCUAGCUGGAGAGAUCUCCGGUGGUCUUUCGAAAUUUCCAAGUUCAGCUUUCCAUGGGAAUCCUACUCUUUGUGGUUCACCUCUUCCAAGCUGCAGCAAGAUCUCACAUUUGUCUAAUGCUACCAAUACUAGUAGUCCAUCUCCAGCUCCUAUAAUUGUUAGUACCUGCUCCAGUAGAAGCUCGUCUAAACUUGGUAUAACCACACUCCUGUCCAUUGGUAUAGGUGACAUAGUGGUGAUAGCAAUGGCUCUGGCUAUUGUCAUAGGAAUGUAUACAUGGUUUCAGAGGAGGUUUUCGAUGCCUCCAAAUGCUACCACCGGUGCUCGGGGGCUUGAAUUGGAUCAUGGAUUUGUUGAAGAGAAGGAGAUGGGUAGGAGAUUGGUUUGCUUUGAAGGAGGGGAGGAUCUUAGGCUGGAUUCCCUUUUAAAAGCUUCAGCUGAGGUGCUGGGGAAAGGAAUGUCAGGGAGCACAUACAAAGCAGUGCUUGAAGAUGGAAUAAUGGUUGCAGUCAAGAGGCUUAGCGCAGUGCAGUUUCCUUCCCACAGCAAGGCUUUCAAUCAGCGCAUGCAUCUGAUCGGAAGGCUGAGGCAUUCCCAUGUGGUGAGCUUGCGGGCAUAUUGCAAUGCCCAUGAGGAGAAGCUUCUUGUCUAUGACUACAUGCCCAAUGGAAGCCUAUACUCCCUCUUGCAAAGCAACAGAGGAAGAAACUUGGACUGGAGGAGUAGGAAACAGAUACUAAUGGGAGUAGCCCAUGGCCUCAACUUCAUCCACACCUUCCCUGCACGGCCACCACUGGUCCAUGCUAACAUCAAACCAUCGAACAUCCUCAUCGACGAACAGGGCAAUGCAUGCAUCACAGAAUGCAGUAUAAUGUGCUUUGCUGCCAACUUUCACCAAUCUUUGCUGCUUCCUCAUGCUUCCACCCUUUUCCCUGAAAGAAGGAAUUCUGCAGCCACAUCAACUUGGCAUGGUUAUAGAGCUCCUGAGCUCACUGUGGGCAAGGGGAAGGUUACCCAGGAAUCGGAUGUCUAUAGUUUUGGGAUGGUGCUUCUGGAAGUGGUGACAGAUAAAGAGAUUGAUGAUGGGGAAUGUGAAGGGGAGAUGAUGGGGAUGGUGAAGAUUGGAAUGAUGUGCACUGCAGAAUGCCCUGAUGAACGGCCGAAGAUGAGUCGGGUUUUGAGCAUGAUGGGUGAAUUUUUGUAG